CGGGCAACGCGUAUCGACGACGCUCUCAGUUAGCCGUAGGGGUAGCAUCGGGGUGGUUCCAGCCGAGAGUACGGCCGAGGGGCGCGUCAGGGACUGACGGCCGAAAGGAGAAAGUCCUCGACUUCCGCUUCGACCUCUUUCCAACUUCCAACGCUUCGUUCUUUCUCGUUCCGAACGAUUUCCUCCGUCACGCCACAGCACUCGACGAGGCGACCCGACUUGUCUCGAUCUUCGAGAGGAUCUCGAAGACCAAUCCGAAGACGAAGGAUCAAGGAUCGACCAGAGAGAGAAAGAGAGAAGAGUGAAAUGAGAGGCAGGGACCCGAGAAACGAUGCCCGAGAAGAGACCAGUGAGAAAAGGAGAGAAACGUACGAUAAGUAGACGAUGCGGCUCGUCGACGAUCACCCUUCGCGCGUCCCUUCUUUCUAUUCUCUCCCCCUGAACGCGAUCGAUUUUAUUCCUCACCUUGGGAUGAACGAUUCUUGGACGCACGAUGGCUAACCUUUGCGCCUGGUUAACAGCAAGGCAAACAUCGUUACACCGGCGGACGAUAUUUUAGACGCUCGUCUGGAAGAAAGUGGCCCUCUCUCUCUCUCUUUUUCUCUUUCCCUCUCUCUCUCUCUCUCUCUCUUCUUGCCUCCUUCGGUGAAAGAAAGACUGUGGGUCGAGAGAGUAAACUCGGGAGAUGUUGUCUCAGAGCUCGUUCAACAACUAACGUGGUUAAUGACGAUCGAUCGGAUGGAACGAUCGAUCCGCCGGCUAUUUGGCGAAUGGACGCGUGUAUGGUGUAAUUAGGCGUGUAGCACCAGGAGCUGCUCGCGAGGUUAAAAGGCGGGAAACGAGUGACGCUCGAGAACCAGGGGAACGUCGGGAAAAAUCCGAGGAACCGCAGGAUUAACUGUAAUUAGGAUGUCGUAGCUUUCCCCGCUUGGCAGUAGCAGUUUUGGUGAAGUAGCGUGCGGUUCUUUGAAUCUUUCAUUGACGAACGAGGACUUCCCACGGGUUUUGAAAAUUAUACUUUCGUAUACAGGCGAACGAGAGUGGAAUGUCACUUCCGAUCGGUCGCCGUAUAUCGAAUCGAUCAUCGAGCUACGUUUUCCCCCGGUUCGAAGCAAAAUAAUUCGAUUCUUGCAGCACGGAGACCAGCGGCGAGGGUAUAAGGAAGCUCGAGGAGGACUCGUGAAAUGAGAAGAUCCCAACUUUGACACGUUCGAAAGUAUCCUGGCCACGAUUGUUGCAACGAUGAAUCGGGAAAACGAGGAACAGCGGCCAGUCUCUCAAACGCUUUGCGGCGCGUUGCAAAAAGAACCGAAUUGCAAAUGUUUGGUGCUCUCCGUGUUAAUAUACGGAUGCCUUGCCGCAGUGACGUGGUGUAGAUGCGCGAAUGUCACCAAGGUGAUAAUCAAUUUCACGAGGUACCCAAUUAAAAGCACGAAACACGUGUCCCCAUGCGACGAUGGCUACAUAUACAUCCCCGUGGCGUUUAUGGGGAUGCUGUAUCUGGUCUAUUUGGUCGAGUGUUAUCACUCGCCGAUCAGGAUCGAUCUGUUACACGCGGAGAGCCAGGACAGCGUGUUGUCCAAGAUCUCGCAGUUGAAGUCGGCGCAACCGACCAUCUGGUGGAAAGCUGUCUCGUACCAUUACGUGCGACGUAAACGUCAAAUUACCCGGUACAGAAACGGAGACAAUUACACGACGACGCAGGUUUACUACGAAAGGAUAAACACACACGCCGCCACAUCCUUCUACUAUUACGACUACUGCGGCGUGAAGGAUAUUAGCAAGGAACUGAUCUUGGAUCCAAAGGUGCCGAUCACGAAGAUCAAUCUCAGCAAAGGAUUCGCCUUUUCAAACAUGAGAUCGGCAACAGAGUUCGAGGAGGCCAGGUCGAGAUUCUUCGCGGAACAAGAGUUGAGAGACGAUUACAUGGAGAUGAGAGAAGGUCUAGAUCUUGGAUACAAUCCGAACCCUACGACGUUGGUGGCUGUUCCUGGCAGUCCCUGGUUCACUAAUCGUUACGUCUACUGGUGUCUAAGUGCUCUGUUGCUCAAUUGGCCUUUGAGAGUGAUUAUAGAGUACAAAACGCAAUAUGCUGAUUACCAGAUCACCAAACUCUUCGGGAUCAACUACGACACGCCGAGCGGGAGCGAGCCGAUACACGCGUCCAUGAGCCAACAGACCAUCAAUCAGCCGGGCUCGUACAUGCUGGCGCCAAGCUACAGCGAGGCGCUUCUGAUGGAUCCAGCGCCGGAUCAACGAACAGCCGAAUCUCAGGACGCGAGUAUAACCGAGAUGGUGCCGAGUUAUUCGGAAGCGUUGCUCUAUCAGCGAGCGGAGCAAGGCUGCGUCGUAACGCAGGAGGUCGACGAGGACUCGAAUCGUCCGGCAACGUCGCGCGAGUGUUCCUGCCCGUGUCACGCGGUCUCCUCUACCUUCGAGGUGAACGUGCAAGAGGAAGGAUCGAGGCGAGACGAGGACGACGGGCAGUCGAACGAUCGACAGACCAGAGAGCCACCGACGGAAACGGCGGGCACAGAGGUGCACCCUUCGAGCUGCACGCUGGUCAGCGAAACGGAGACUGGAAAGUGCGGAAGCUGCGGGAAAUUCUUGGUGGAAGCGCAGCUGGAAAGCUCAGAGAUGUCGAGAAGCAGCGAGUGUAACGUGGAGAGACGUGGAACUAGCUCGGUCAGAGGGUUCCAGAACAUGAGGAGGGCAGCGAGGACCAGCGUGAUCCCUCGAGACAUGUCCGAGCCGAAUCUCAGAUCCAGAUCGGAACUGAUGGAAGCUGACACCAGGUUCCUCAGAUUGAACGGACAGAGUUUGAGGAAUAUUUUGGAGUGCGAGCAGGAAGAGGAGUUCGGUAUGGAAGAUAGGAUUGGCGAGGCUAGUCAAGGUAAGACUAGUCAAGGUGAGACGAGAAGCGGUGGAGAUUUCAGGUUGUCACUUUGCUCCCUCGACGAAGCCAAUUCUAGGUCCGUAGACGCGAGCAGAGGCGCGAUACCAAAGAGACUAGCCGGCAGAAGCAGAGUGAUCACGAAUCCGAUGUCGAACGAGGAUGUCGCCUGCGGAUUGCCCGACUCGAAGACAUAUUUUUGCUUGAAAUCGAUUCUUAAACAGAACAAACGAAGGUAUACUCUGAUCACCGCGAGGGAGCUUCAGGACUUCUCCGACCGAGAAGACGACGACGUGGACAGACGUUUGCUGAAUCGAUCGUCGUAUCACGAGGGUUGUAUCAGCGCUUCGAAGAACAACGCUGGACAGAGACUCGAUCGACUUUCGAGAUCGAGGGAGAGCUUGGACGGUGCUUUAGGAAGGAGGAAGAAACAGUUUUUAGAGAAUAUAUCCAUAGAGAAAUGCGAAGAAGGAUCGAAACGUGAGAGUAAUAGAACUCUCAUCUUCGCGAGUCCGAUACAGGAGGUCUGCCCUGGCGAUCCGUUCGGUGGAAAAGACGUAGUCAGAACGCGACAGGAAGUGGAUUCCACCCCAACGGAAGAGUCACCGAACCAGACGGUCCUCGGUCAACUUGGACGUUCUCUCACCUGCGAUCGGAAAUCUUCUCGACGCCGAUUCCAAGAUCCCCACAAACAACGUUACUCGGACAACGUUACCUCUCAUCCUUCUUCCUUCUCCUGUCCACCAGACCGUCAACAUCCCUAUCCGUACGCAUUCUCAGCGUCCACAGACGCCAUGGACACCAUGGACUUCAACAAGAACGUCCAACAAACCACCGCUCGAGUUUACCAACACGCAACGUCUUUCCCACCCUAUGAAGGAUCGAUCUCGAAUCACGGCGAGAAAUUCACCGAUCAGCAAGGUACGAUAGACAGGGUUUCCCCUGCGAACGUUUCCAGAUCGAACGUCGGUGAACUGACGCGUUCGUUGACCGAAAGACGAACGAAAUCGAGUCGGAACGACGCGAGUUUUCGUCGGAGCUUCACCGGUAGGGUGGAGGAUUACAGAACGGAGAACAACAAAUGGGCGAACCUGAACAUGGAGACGUCGUUAUAACGAAGGGACAGGGGAUGAUGAUUGUAAAUAUCCGUCCUGCCACUUUUCAACAUCCUGUAUAUACGCGCGUGAGUGCGACUUACGCGUCGCGCCGCCUUUGCUUCGCGUUUAGAACGAUAUCGAUCCUUUCGUCGAAAAACUUCGUUUUUUCAACGCAACGAAUUUGUGACUUUUGCGCGUAUGAUACAUUUUGCUGGGAUAGAGUCAGAAAUAUCUUGUAAAUAUACUUUCAGAUUUGUUUCCAAUAUUAUUUCCAUAAUUAUGAUGAUAGUCGUGUCUCGUGUGCUAAUUAAAAA